CGUGUCGGCGGGGGGGGAGGGGGCAGCGUCGGGACAGCGACACCGAAGCCGGGAGCGGGCGAGCCCGGCCCUGCACGCCGGGGCUCGGCCGCUCCCGGCCCCCGCCUUCGUCUCCACGGGGCGGUGCUGCUGGUCGGAGAGCGGCGGAGGGGAGCCAUGCUGUCAAGGAAAGGGAUCAUCCCCGAGGAGUACGUGCUGACCCGGCUGGCAGAGGAUGUGCCGGAUCACGCCCGGUACCGGGCACGGGAGAGGCGGGCGCGUUUCGUGGGGAAAAACGGUGCCUGCAACGUGGCUCAUAAAAACAUCCGGGAGCAAGGACGGUUCCUCCAGGACGUAUUCACCACCUUGGUGGACCUCAAGUGGCCGCACACCUUGCUUAUCUUCACCAUGUCCUUCCUCUGCAGCUGGCUGCUCUUCGGCAUGGUUUGGUGGCUCAUCGCCUUCGCCCAUGGAGACCUGGACCACAGCACACGGCUGCAGCGCGACCCCGGCGAGGCCGCCCCAGGUGCCUUCGUGCCCUGCGUGACCAGCAUCCACUCCUUCACCUCCGCCUUCCUCUUCUCCAUCGAGGUACAGGUGACCAUCGGCUUCGGGGGACGCAUGGUGACAGAGGAGUGCGCGGCCGCCAUCCUGGUGCUGAUCGUGCAGAACAUUGUGGGGCUGGUGAUCAACGCCAUCAUGCUGGGCUGCAUCUUCAUGAAGACCUCACAGGCCCACCGUCGAGCGGAGACCCUCAUCUUCAGCAAGCACGCAGUCAUCGCCUUGCGGGAGGGCAAGCUCUGCUUCAUGCUGCGAGUGGGUGACCUCCGGAAGAGCAUGAUCAUCAGCGCCACCAUACGUAUGCAGGUGGUGAAGAAGACCGCCAGCCUGGAGGGAGAGGUGGUGCCCCUCAACCAGAUCGACAUCCAGAUGGAGAACCCUGUGGGGGGCAACAGCAUCUUCCUCGUCUCCCCACUCAUCAUCUACCACGUGAUAGACAAGAACAGUCCCCUCUAUGAUAUCUCCCCUGUGAACCUUCACCACCACGAGGACCUGGAGAUCAUCGUCAUCUUGGAAGGGGUGGUGGAGACCACCGGCAUCACUACUCAAGCCAGAACAUCCUACCUGGCAGAUGAAAUCCUUUGGGGCCAAAGGUUUGUGCCUAUCGUGGCAGAGGAAGAUGGACGAUACUCUGUGGACUACUCUAAAUUUGGCAACACAGUGAAAGUGCCCACCCCUUCCUGCACUGCUAGGCAGCUGGAGGAGGACAAGAGCAUCAUGGACACCAUGCCAUUGUCCCCUAAAGGCACAAUAAGGAAGAGGUCUGUGAAGCUAAAGCCCAAGUUUACCAUAAGUGAUGAGCCUUCCUGAUGCCUUUUGACUAGGAAACUGUUAGGGCUUUGUAUUUGAAAGAUCUCAUAAACUCAAAACACUGAGGUGGCCUCUUUACUUUUUUUUAAAUUCAGGUUGGUAGCACAAGGUAUGUUCUGGUGUUAUUUAUUGUGUGAUAAAUCUAAAGCUAAUUAUAUUUUUUUAAAAGAGUGAGAGAUUCCGAGCAGCACUGGAAAUAGGAAAAUAAUGGUCUGCAGCUUUAAAUUUCAAUUCAAACUGUUCUAUUUAAUUGCACGAUCAUUUUGCAUUGAUUAAUCUGCAGGUAAUGACAUAUCUUCUCAAAAAAUAAAUGUAUGUUUAUCCUCAGAGAUCACAGCAUUUAGGAUCUUGCAGUGUUCUUAAGUCCGUAGUUUUUAACUGUUUUUUUUUCUAACUUAAACUAUAUAGCAAAAUAGUAAUAAUUAAUAAAGUAGACUGGAUUUAACUUAUAACAAAAAGGUCAGGCGAUGUUAUAUGUGACACAGGACCAUAUCUGGAAGUGCCUAUGUAUUAUACACUAUUUCUCAAAGAAAUUAACUGCCAGAUAUGCUUCAUCCAGAUGGUAUUGUAUGGAGCCACUCCUACCACAUGUAAUAUGAAAUGUAUUUGAGUAUUUACUUCUGUUUAUUUUAAAACCCCUUACACUUCUGAAAUAAAACAUCCAGGAAUACAGGUUUUUUGGACUAUACAUUUCUGAUAGUAAGCAAUGCUUUGUCUUUAAAAAGAGUAGAAGAUAGUAUAGGGCUGAAAUCAAUUAUGAAGAGGAAAAAAUCUGUAUUGCCUGAAAGAAAAGAAGCAGCAUCCUGCACACACACAGCGAGAUGGCAAUAGGACAGGCAGUAAAAAAUUAAUCUCUCCCGUAGAUCAGCAUGAAUUCGGUUAGAUAAUCAGUGAAUAUAAAUAGAUAUUUUGAAUGGAAGGGCAGUGCUGAAUGCUGAAAUUAUAUCUGCAUGCAGCAGGCAAAGUAUUUCAUUCCUUUCCCCUUUGUAAAAGAAGCCAAGGUUUUCGUGCUUAGGGAAAGGAAAGAUGUGUAGGACAGUGUGGUCACUUCUGGGAUGCUGUGUCACAAAAUAUACUCCUGCUGAGGAAACAACCUGACCUUCCUACACUGCCUGUGCCUGCCUUGGUUUUCAGACGCAUUCAAGGUCUGGCAAGCAUUUAUGGCAAACACGGAGGAGCCAUGUUCACCUCUCGGCUCCACAGUGACAAAAGGAGCAGUUCCCCUUAGCUCUCUCUGGCAAAUCCUCUAUCUGGGGAUACUAGUAACAAUAGCAAUUUUAUUUCUAUGCAGCGUUAUUAGGAGAUAGCAGUAGUAUUAACUACAGUGUGCUAUUAAUAUGGCAAACUGCCACUCAAGUAAAAAAAAUAAUAUUGUCCAAAUAAAUCUCACAUAAGCAUUACAGCAUUGAUCCAAAGCCUUGUUACACAUGCUGUGCCGAGAGGCACCAAGUUACUUUCAAACUAAAUUAUUUAAGGAACUUGUGCUCACAAGAUCUCACGUGUUACAUAGUUCAUGACACCUGAAAUGGUUUGUGUUUGUAAUAACAUUUUAGAUUUUUGAUGCCUUGUCAGUAAAUCAAUAUGACAAAUAUUCAAAAGUGUGGUAAAACUUCCAUAUUGACUAUGGAAUGUUUUCAGGCAUAUAGAAUAAAAUUAAAUAAUGUUUGGUUAAAAUAAAAGGUUGUUUUAAAAUGAUAAAAUAGUAGUUUUCAGGUUUAUAUAUUUCAGUUUUAUGGAGACCUGUAUCAGCAUUAUCAGACUGACAGUUAAGAGAAUAAAUACCUGAUCAUUUUCCAAAUUCCCUAUGUACCAACAGUAUUCUGUGAACAGCUCUAAAAAUGCAGUAUGUGUUUCACAAUGAAAAGUAGUCAGCGAAGAAAAUUCAGAAAAACGUUUUUUCCACUCGUAAUCAUUAAAAUAACCUUUUUAAAAAAAUAAUUAUUAAAUACCAUUGAUGAUUAAAUUACUUCCGUAAGACUAAUUGUCACAUUAUUUUCUGUCUUUCCAUUUUACUGCCUCUUUUCCAUCACCUAUUGGAAAGGCACUUAAAGUAGAGCUACUUGCAUUUUCUAGACUCCUUUGUUCCUUUGAAAUUUCAGUGUUUCUUUAUUUCUUGUCACAAUACCACUGUUCUGUUCUUGUAAGAGGCAUAGAUAAAAUAUUUGAGUUAGCUUUCCAGUGACUUGAAAUCAUUGGCUUCUCAGUAGUCUCCUUAGUGCCUUGUUUCAAUAUGUAAGAUACACCUUAAGGUUCUUGCAUAAAACCUUCAGCUCUGGUAGCAUUUUAAAGCUCUUGUAAAGGUUUGACCUAAAUAUGAAGCAAUUUCAGUAGCACUACCAUGCAACUAUUUUCAGAAACCUACGCAAGCCUCUUUUUACCUCAGGGAAAUCUGUGCUGCAGAGAGGUAGAAAAUUCUUUGUUCACUGUGAGGUAGGAAAUGAAAGGUGAGAGGAAACAGCUUGCAUUUGCUGGGCUGCUUUGAGGACAUCCUUUAUGUUACUUUAACAAGAAUCUGCCUAAUUUUCUGAAGUCUGGCAAUAAAUAAGCAUCAUUAUGAGAAAGGCAGAUUUGUACUAUUAAAAUCACCAUAGUGAAUUAUUUCAAUUAAAGUUUUGGUGAUUUUGAAUUCCAGGAUUCUUGUCAUUUUUAAUUUUUCUGUUCUUUCACGAUUUAAAAUAUUAAGGAGCAUUUCAGAGGCAGAGCCAGGAAGAAUAAGUGUAUUUAUUUUGUACUAGGGAUAUUACUUCACUGGGAGGAUCCUUUCAUUUUGCCAUUUACAAAGUAUUUGGUAACACAAAUGUCUUAAAUCGUUCCUGAAGUUGUACAUAGGCUGACCACCCCCAUUCUUUGUAGGAAGGUUCUGAAGAAGGCAUCAGUGCUAUCAUUAGAUGUAGAAAAGUCCUUAUUCUUGGCAAUGAGAAAAUGCUGCGUUUUUUGUAGAUGAGGUCCAAAGUAAGUGGGUUUUUGAACUUUCUCAACCUACAUCUUCUUUUUGGUAGGUGAUAUCGCUGUUGGGGUAUUGCCAAGCAGACGGGGGGAGUGUGGUACGGCUUCUAGCACUACCGCCUCUCCAUGUCCUCUGCACAGAAACCAGCGUGAGGGGAGCUGGGGGCUACAUGCUCAGGGCUUGCUCUGACUGAGAGGGGGACGUGGACACAAGUGGAAAGCGGUAGGUUUUGUAGCAACCCUCAACUGAAUUUAGGGUGUGGUGGAACCACCUGUGUCCAUGGGAAUUGCCUUUCAUGUGCUUCAGAGACUAGAGACCAUUGUCAGUUCAUACUCAUGGUUCAUACUGUUUAGUCCACUCAAAUUGGAGUUUGUUAAGCUGUUUGGAUAGACAGAAGGAUUACAGAGCUUACUAAUCAGAGACUGGAGAACACUUAGGUUAUAUUGCCAUAGUUUUAAAAUACUUCUAGUGACUACUGGUGAGACCAUAGCCACAGAGUGUAUCAGUUUCAUGAUGCAUUUCCUAAUGAAAUCAAGUGACAUAUGUAUACAGAAUUAGAGAAUAACAAGAUCUGACUUUGCCUCUUUAUCCCCCAAGGCACAUGAUAAGUGUGGUAUUGUAACAGUGUACUUUAGUAGGAAAAUCUCCCUGUAUAAUAGAUACAAACCAGAAGUGAACUCAACGGAGUCAGUGUCAAAAUUCAGUCUGCCCUGUAAUGCGAGACUGCAGGCUGGGCAUGAUCAGUGUCGAUCAAUCCAGUGGGUAAAUAUUGCUGUGUGUUGAGCAAGGUACAAGUCACAACAGAGCCCUGUUGGAAGCAGUGUCAGGAGGGCUUUGUGGUGACUGAUUCUUGUGAUUAGUUAUUUAUUAAUAGUUAAUAAUAUCAGUCUAAUGAAUAAUUAAUAAUUGUUUGAAAAUUGUAUUUGUUUUUUCAUGUUUUUCUUCCUCUUCUACUCUUUCUUCGUACAUCAGUUUUCCCUACAGGUAAUUAUUAUAGGCCUGCUAGCGCAGAUUGCUUUGGUUUUGGAUAAAGCACAAAAGUGCUUUGGGAAAUCAAAUACAAAAAUAAAAUAGGUAUUAGAAACCCAAAAACCUCUGUGAAAUUGCCAAGCUUGCAACUUUCACUUUGAUUCCUUGUAAAAAGCAUAGAAAUAUUUAUUCCUAGGAAUUGGAUAUUGAUAAGCUACCAUAGAUUAUUCCCUGUUCAUUUUGCAGGUCUCUGCAGAAGGGAAGGUGGUUUAGCUCUUCGUGUUAGGGUUGAGGGAGAAGAGAAAGUUCAAAAUCACUGCAUUUUAUGCUCCUUGGUUAUAGUCUCCGCGCACUCAAAGUCAUACUGAUGUUGCCACUGCAAACAGGCAGGGUCAAUGUUCUUUGCACUGCAUGUUCCUCUGUGGCCCUGCAUUCAUCCAGGCCAGUUGCCCCAUUCCAAGGUGGACAUCUCAAACCGAACAGCCUUGUCCCAAGGUUCCUGGAAGUCAAUAGAAAAAAAAUCCCACCUCUUGCAGUGGAUUUUUGGAUCAAAGGAUGUAAUCUGCCAACAUGCUGAAAGCCUGUGCUGCAGCAGAAAGGGAUUUAAUCAGUGCUGCAGACCUCACUCAAGCAAAGCUGCUGUUUGUGGUGAGAAGACCUUGUGGGAAGGAGGCCUUGGGCAAGCUGGACCAGAGAGAGUGGUGGGGCAUGUGCUCAGGGUGGCUGGUGACUGUCUAACUGCCUGUAACAAAUGACUCAGUGUACUAUUUUUGAUUCCGCAACAGGAGAAAGAUACAUGAUACAAACCUCCACACCCCUCAAGGAGAACUAUUAAAAGAGCUGAAGACAUUCUUGAGAGGCUGCAGAUACUGCUGCCUCCGUCCUGCUCCUAGCAAAGCUGGGUGCCCACAGAGGAUGGUUUGCUAUAUGUUUUUUAUGGCUUACACCCCUGUUUUAAUAUAUAAUGUGACUUUAAAGGAUCAUGACAGGGAAAUGCUUGGUUUAAAGGUAAUUUUGUAAAAUCAAAACCUGCAGGCCCUCUUCCCCACUUGCCCCUGCAAGCCCUUGUGCCUGCCCGACUUACUGAGUUUAAACGCAGAUGGCAACUCUGUAGGAGAUUUCUUAAUCAGCUCCCUACUGCAAACAUGAGCAGUCUUAAAUAAUGAACUCCACUUGAACUGAGGGGGCUCCAGAGACCUUGUGGUGGUGGUUCUGCAGAAGAACACAUCUCCUCUUUCCUCCCCUCACAGGAAUUGGAGUCUGCCUUGGCGGGAGGCAUUGGGUAUCCCACCCCUCCACCCCUGCUGCUGUGAGAGCGGUGGGGCCCUAAGCUGGGGGUAGGGCUGCCACAUGCCAGAGAAGAGAAGGCUCUGAGGAGACCUUAUAGCGACCUUCCAGCACCUGGAGGGGCUACAAGAAAGCUGGGGAGGGACUUUUUGCAAAGGCUUGUAGUGAUAGGACUAGGGGCAAUGGGUAUAAACUGGAGAGGGGCAGAUUUAGACUAGACAUAAGGGAUAAUUUCUUCACAAUGAGGGUGGUGAGGCACUGGCACAGGUUGCCCAGGGAAGCUGUGGCUGCCCCAUCCCUGGAGGUGUUCAAGGCCAGGCUGGAUUGGGCCUUGGGCAGCCUGAUCUAGUGAGACAUCUCUGCUCAUCACAGAGGGGUGGAACUAGAUGAUCUUUAAGGUCCCUUCCAACCCAAACUAUUCUAUUAUUCUAUGCUGUCGCAACAGGUGGGAGCUACCCUUUCCCUUCCUUGGCUGUUCCUUGUUCAGUUGCUAUUUUACAUGGCAAAUACCUGCUUAUUGUUUUACCUUUAUGUUUUUUCUGCCCAAGUGAAGGUAAGCACAGUGUUUAAAGAGAAGUGUUAUUGUUACAAUAAUGUUAUUCCUGAGCAGAGCCGAGGCACAGACAUUGACAGGGAGCAUCAAUAUCAGCAACACAAGCCCUCAACUUCAGUGAGCUUUGGGUCAGGACCCCAUGUUAAAUCCUGAGCCUUUAAAUCCAAGAGAGCUUGCCAAGGAGUUCAUUAGCACUAGGGUUUUCCCUCUUAGGGCUGGGAACUAUUAGGUUAAUGGGGUAGGCAGCUGAUUGAAAUAGUCUCUGAUGGUGCCUUUGCUGCAACAGUGAUACUGUUCCCCAUGUUUUAUGCUAAAAGUUUCCUGCAUCUCCUGGGAACUUCCUCCUGUGCCUUGUGAGUAAAUACCUGGUUUUGUUUCCUUUUGCUCUAGUAUACAACAAUAUUGCCAUCGUGUGUAUUGUAUAAUCCUACAUGCUAAGGUGUUUGAAUGACUUCAAUGUUUAUGUCAUGGUCUGAGAUCAGCUUGCCCUGUUUGUCAGCUACCUGGAAGGAGGUUGUAGUGUGAUGGGUGUUGAUCUCUUCUCCCAGGUAACAAGUGAUAGGAUGAGAGGCAACAGCCUCAAGUUGUGCCAGAGGAGGUUUAUAUUGGAUAUUAGGAGAACUUUCUUCACAGAAAGGGCUAUUGAGCACUGGAACAGCCUCUCCAGGGAAGCGAUUGACUCACCAUCCCUGAGGAUCUUUAAAAGACAUGUAGAUAUGGCACUUAGGAAGGCGGUUUAGUGAUGGACUUGGCAGUGUUAGGUUUAUAGCUGGACUCGAUCUUUUCCAACCUAAAAGAUUCUGAGUUUAAGUUCUCUCUGUCUCCUGGUGACUGCAUACAAGUAACAGGGACAAUAUUUUCCACAACCUGCCUUUGUCCCAUAUACAUUUUUCCAGUGUUGUUAGAUCUUCUUUAGCUUUAAAGCUUAAGGAAAAAAGUUAGCAAGGUAAUGCUUCUUUUAUAAGAUGCAUGGAAAAUAGCAGUAAGAUGAGCAGGAAGAUUGGAGUGUUCUUUCAAAAUGUAUGGAUUUUGUUGGAGCAAAGUGCCCAGAGAGCAGCAGAGAGCAGCUUACUUAUGUAAAAUGAUGGUGAAUUUUGGCUCUGAGGGUAAAGAGGCUAUCCUAUACAGCCAUCUCCAGCAAUGUUAUAGAAGGUGACUAGCAGUCUGUGAUUGUGCUCAUCACUGAAUACUCGAGAGUGACUUGUUUUGAAAAACUAAUGGCUGACUUUAACUGUGGGGAAAACUCCUGCUUGCUGAGAAUGUAUAUAGAAUUCUGGACAAUAAACAGAUAUUUUUCCAAAGGCAGUAAUUAUCUUUAGAAAUACCUCUGUAGGAAGUAGCCAUUAUUCUCUCACAGAUUUUUUUCUAUCAGGUGGUGUCUGGACAUCCAUGGUGGAAAUCUUUACACUUAGAAUCUGAUAUUUUUUAGUGAUAUUUGAUCACUCAGUUUGAAAGCUUGUCCUUUCAUGUUUCCUUUUUUUAAUUGUGGCAAAGUUGUUAUGCCUUUAUUUGCUUUUUUUUUUCUAAUUAUUUUGCUCAUUACUGUACAUAGACUGAAAAGCAUGUCACUUUGGUUCUUCUAAGGGAAAAAAAGAAAAUAAAAAAUUCAGUAGCAUGUCAUAGCCCUGUGACCCACACUUGUAAAUUACAGUACUACUAUUCAAGAUAUUUCAGUGGUACCGCAAGUGUUCCUGCUGUGAUGUGCAGACAGAUCUUCGCUGAAGAGUCUCUUUCCUUUGCUAAGUAGAACUCUGUCAGGUUUUAAAACGUAGGUUUCCUCAGAAGUUUUAUCUUCAGUAGAAAGCUCACAUCUGCUCACAUGUGAUCCCCACAUUCUUCACUCUGCUUUUCUGUUUUGCAAGACACACAGGAGAUUAAAACGUAUCCAUCCUCAUAGUCCUUAUUUUCUAAUGCUUCCUCAAUUGGGAACAGUCCCUUAAACCAAGUAACUAAAUUCACCCUCUUUCUUUUCCUUCAAGAUAUACAGCACAUUCAUGCUAGCAUUUGAAUGUACAGUAAUGCAUUUUGUCCUCAAAGUGGUAACUGCUUCUUUGCUAGAUGGACCAGAAUCUUUGUUUUUAUUUUUUCAGAGAGAAGAAGGUAAAGGUCUUGGCACCAAAGCCACUCCGUAGAUAGAUCACAUUGGCUAGUGGUUUGUGUUCACCAUUAAAACUAUAUUUUUCACAUUUCCCUGAUGUUCUGUAACAUUAAGUAACAUUAAAUACCUACCUGAAGAGACUAGUGUAAAUAUAAGAUUCCCUGCCUGCUAGUUCUGCUUCUUUGUACUUGGCCUUUGCAGUCACAAUGUGAAACUGUUGAGUGUUCAAAAACCUUCUUUGUAUCUCUGUGAACCUCUUCUCUGGAUCAUCAGAGAUCUCUUACUGCCUCCUUCAGGCGACUUCCAUUUCACAAAAAGGUCUGUGUUUAAUACCUGUUAGUACUACCAACUUCUUUGGCGGUGGUGGACGAUAUACAUCCUGCCAGUUUCUUACCCUCCUACAUGCAUAUUGCUGAUCCCAAGCAAACAGUCCUGUAGGAGGUAUAGGAGCAUGCAGCUGCUGCAUAAGCUAUCCUGUCACUUCCCGUACCUCCCAGUAACGUUUGCCUGGUGAGGUAAGGAUCAUGCACGGGAACGAUACUAUCAGAAUUAUAUUUUUGUUCUGGUUUAAAGCUAUUACUUUAAGGGUUCUGUGUGUCUCUGAUUUCCAGUCAGAAACAGUUUAUUAGCAGCUCUGUAAGGUUCUUCUACAAAUUAGGAAGAAAUACAAUUAUUUACAAUAAGAGCAAACUUAUACCAGUCAAUCAUAAAGGGAGUUAAUGUACCCAUAGAAAAAUCCACAAUCUUGUAUAAAAAGUAUUUGCCCAAUUUACACCAGUCCACAAAAUUUUUGUAGUAUGUUCUCAUUACUCAGUAUUCAGUCAUCACUGGUUUUCACACUGACUCUCAGAGAAACUAUUCCAAAGUAUGCUAAACUCAAGAAAUAUCUUCUUACUGACUUAAAGAAAUACGGAUGCAGUUCAGAGAAUGCCUGACUGAAAGGGUGUGCUGGCACUCAUCUGUCAUUCAUGUUUCUGAAAGAGUUUAAAUAAGACAAAAAGUACUGAUCAUCAUUAGUUGAGAAGUUUGAUUUGACCCUUAGUGAUAGGGGAAAGUUCUUUCAGUUCAUUUUUGAAGUUUACUGUGUAGCUGUAGCUCAUUCGGUGCGCAACUGUGGGAUGGAAAAUUGGAUAUUUUCCACGUUAUUCUGACAUAGAAAUACUUCCUUAAAGAUAAUCUCCCUUAGCUGAAACUCCAAUACCUUUUAUAGCUUUUUGGGGUCUCUUACUCCAUCAUCCAGCCACACUAAAAGAAGCUUGAGUAUUUGCACACUAGCAUCCAAAUUUGAACUAACUUGUAAGAGAUAAUAAACAAUAAGAAAACAAUGGAGUUUACCUGCAAGUUUCAGUUGAACGGCUUGUUCUACACAGUAUUAAAUUGCUGGGUGAAAAAACUCACAUCUUACUGUUUUAAUAUUGUCAGAUGCCUUUGGAGAGAACUGCUCAUACAAAAAUAUAAUACAUUUUCUCCAGUGUUAGUUUUUUAUGACUUGGUUGGCUUCAUGUAGCUCUGUCUGGUCUUUGUGGCUCUGAGACAUACAACUCUUCAUGUUGUCAAGUCCAAAAUUUGAUACGGAAAGUUCAAGACAGACACUGUUAUUGACUAUGGUUUGUGCAGGAAUUUAUCUUAUCUCAAGACAAGAGGAGACUUUGAUAAAGUAAGAGAGAGAGUCUUCCAUUAAAAAGAUGCUGCAAUAAAAUGCUCCUAGGACACUAAGACAGGAGUGAUUUAUUACAGACGAAAGAAUUAAGCAGAAAAAAGUAUAUACCUGCUGUUCUUUGAGUCCUCGGAACCUGAACUCAGUAAGACGCUGCAGUACAUACAUGCAUAUUGUAUCAUACUGCAUGUGUUAAAAGAGAGAAGUUUUUCUCUUUGUUAAAGGAUGUGGGGGUUUGGGUUUGGUUUUAUUUUUAGCAGCACUCAUACAUUGGUCUUAUUCCUGCUAUUAAUGUGAUAGUGAUUAAGCACUUGUCUUAAAUGGGCUGUUUUCAGCUCAUAUAUAUAUAUAAAAAUAAUGUUUUCAGCCCAUUUAUCAUUGCUUCCACCAGCUAAAUUGUUCUGUUACUUUGCUACAAAAGCAGAGAAAGUUCUACAGUUUGAAGUCAAGUGAUUUGAGAAGUACAACCCAGACAAGGGUUUGAUGCAAACACUGCUCAAGUCUGAAAUCUAAAAUACAUAUUGCUUCCUUGUCACUAGAAUUUUACAGCAGGGUAAAUAGAAAAUUUCAUCUCCCUUCUCAACAGCAAGAUGUAAAGUUAAAUUGCUCCUGUCAGGUAUGUUAUCUCCUGGAAAGCAAGCUGUUGAUGAAGUGGCUGGAUUAAACAUAACAUGAUGACAAUUUUUGGCUUUUAUGUUUUUUUACCAUCCACUCUACUUCUAGCAGAUUUCAUAGUGGGGAAUAUAAAAUUCUUCACUUAUUUGAAAUAAAAAGCAAAAAUCCAACCUUAAAUUCAACCUUUGUUUAUACCAGUUUGUUGGAACUUUUGUAGAGUGCCUGAGAGUCAAAAAUAAUGUGCCAAAUAAGUGCACUUACUGGAGCACUGAGCUGAGUAGUUCAAUAGCCAACUACAGCUAGGGUUUCCUGGGGCUGAAUUGUGCUUGCACAGUGACUCAUAAGUUAUACAUUCUUGUCUCAAACAACUCUGUACACCUGAAACAAAAUUCCUUUGUCCCCUCAAGAUACAUUAAAUAGUGCUCUCAUCAAUGUAUUAUACAUUCCUGGAAGCAAUAGAAAUAUCUCCUUUGUGAUGGGUUUCUUGGGCUUUGUACAUUACUUUGCCAAACAUGAAUGCUGUAGGUGUUAUCUGAAGCAUGGAUUGCAAGCAGAAGCAGUCACCCAAGUUGUUGGAUGUUACCCCAUAUUAUAUCCUUCUCCAGUGAGCACUGGAUUUGAAUAUGUUCGGGGCAGAAAACACUUCAUACAUAGAAAGGCUCGGAGAGAUGUUACCAUAUUUGCUAAUGCUAGGUAAGCAGAUAAAGGCAUGAAAGGAGGUCGAAUACCUUGAUUUUUUUUGGCUCUUUAUAGCCUUGUUGUAUGUAUAUGUUGUUAUUUAUAAAGAAAAUGGAGUAUUCAGCCUCAGUGAGGAAUGCAAUAAGUAUGAGAAAUAACAUUCUUUUGACAGCUUAAACACAAUGAGCCUUUAGUCCUCUGAAUAUGAAAAUGUACUUACUUAUAACUAGCUACAGGGCUUCUGUAACAAACGUAAUAUGUAAUUAUGUAUUUUAUUAUCUUUUCCCUGGCUUAUGAAGUUUCUAGUUCCCCCUUGCUAGUCCUCUUCAUGGUCUCCAAAACAGCUAUGUGAGCACAGUUUUAAAGGUGGUGCACGAUGGAGUACAAAUGCUUUCCCUGCUGCAGGGGAAACAAUACAUUUGCUUUCUUGUAAAUCAUCUGUGUCAUCCUAUUAAAAAAAUUUCCUCGGGAAACUACUUCACAGACUCCAAGAGCUAUUCUUUCCCUUUUUAGUUUUGGUUUUGGUUUUUGUUUUUUUUUUUUUUUAUGUAAGAGUUUCUUAAAACCUUCUAAGAGAUAGUGUCAAGUGUGCUCAAGGGAUUAGGGUCCCUGUUCUCCAGGUAGGCAGGAAUACAGAUGCUCUGGACACUGAAAUUCUCAGGCUAGCUCUGUUUCUCCAGCUGAAUCUAGACCUCAAGCUAGGUAUAGAUCUAUUUCUGGAACACUAUCACGUGUGUUAGUUUGCAAGUACAGUGCUAUGUAGGUGUCUCAUACUGAAACAAACAAUCAGAUCUGAGUGGGAUUGUUUAUUCCUUUUAAUACGUUAUUAAGAUCAUUUUUGACGAAGCUUGUGAAAUCUUAUGAGUAGCAGUACUUUUGUUGCUCCCUAGGUUCAGCCCUCUAAAAACUAUUUCUGGCAUGUCUAUGCAUAUAAAGCUGGACGUCCAGGACACAGCUGCACUGAUCUCACUCCAGAGCAGACUUCCAGCAAGCCUAACUCACGGCAGAGCUAACAGAAAUUUAAAGGUAGUGUGUCCACUCCAGAUGUUUUCAAGUUGGCUGAUGAGGAAAGCAUAAAUAGGCUGCCCAAAGAACACAGGAUAAAAGGGUCACCUAGUAAACUAAGGCAAUAGGAUUUCCUUGUAGUACCAUUUGAAUAUGUGACAUCAGCGGUGAACUGCACUGCAUGGGCAUGUAAAUGGAAUUUAGUUUUCUUUACAGUACAGUUUUGUCUUCACCAGGAUGAGACCUUCUGGUUUUAGUUCAGCAUCUGUGAAGGAUCUUUCAGAGCGCUGCUCAUCAUCUUUAUACCUGAAGAGUUUUAUACCUUCAGGAAAAAAGGAAUGGGCUCUGCAAGUUAAAGUGAGUGACCCCACAGCAGUUGGCACAUCUGUUAAACAUUGUGCUGCGUCCAGUGCUGGCGGGGCUAAAAAGAAAAUCACCAGAUUUCUUUAAGUAUUAUCAAUAUAUGAUACAGCACUGCAAGCUGCUGCCUGGGGGUUCUCCUCUCUCCGAGGCGCCGUGAGCCUCGGAGAAACAUAAGUUGGAAGCUCAUAAUGUAGGCAAAAAGAAAAGGAUUGGGGAGGGAUGGGUUUCACAGUUACAGCCUGUGCAGCUGUGAAAUUCCUCUGAAGAAAAACCGAGGAUUUGUUCAAAGUGUAUUUACUUCUGCAGUUAGAGAGAUCUGAUGACUGCAACUAGCCAGUUCUUCAGAGUUUAAGCUGCCUUCCGUCAACAGAACUUGCAUUCUUUCUGGAAAUGGUUUAUGUACAUCUUACUUAAGAUCUAUGGAAAUGCUCUGCAGCCUCAUAGUUCCUGAGGGCCUGUAAGGGAAAUAACCAGCUGUUGUAGAACUGAGUUGAGUGGGUAAGACAGCUAUCUGGAGAAAAUUUACAGAAUUACAAAGAGUAAUUCUGUUUGAGCACAUAGGAGAAACUGUGUGUUCAUAUGUGAGUGUCUGGGUUAGGAGGAAUUACUGUCACAGCUCUGGAGACAAAGAACACCCAUCCUUGUAACAGUGAGAUGAAAAUUUGGGAAUCCUGAAGUGGAUAACAGUUGCUUUGAAAAAUUGUCUUGUUUAACACCAAUUGUAGCCCUACCAACUGUAAAUCCAGACAGCUACUGUCUUCCAGAAAUUAAACCAUACACUUGCUGCAAGGCAAAGCAAUUUUCUUACCUAUGAUAAUCAGUGGCAUUGUCCACUCAAGAGGAUGCCACUUAAGAGUGUCAUGAAUUAUUUCAGUGGAAAGCUCUGCCCUGUUGUGCUUGCAAACACUUGGAGAAACAUGAACAGUAUGCAGAGCCACAAAAGUGCCAUUCUCUUCUGUGUGUGCCUGAAACUGAAAAGCUUUCAGAUCCUACUGGUCCUUUAGCAGAACUGCCUUCUCUUCUCUUGCAGCAUUACAUUGUAUGUCACUCCAUAAAAAAAAUUGUACCUUUCUUUCUUGUGGGUACUUCAGAUAAAAAGUUUAGUUUUAAUGGUUUGGGAUGAAAAUCCACAAUCUAGUGAUUCAAAACUGUCUUCCAAAUGCUUCAUUUCUAUGCUUUCUUGGAACACUAGUAUAUUUUGAGGAACUGUAAGGAAAAAAUAGAUACAUUUGGGUUUCUAGAUGCACAUUAAAUUAAAAAGAGCAAGAAAAAGAAAUGAAUGCUAAUGAAUUGUUCUCUUUUCUGCAUGAGCGACACACAGUCUGCAGUAUGCACGCUAUCACGAGGGGCUUGGGAUGGUACACAGCUUGCUUCUCCCAUGCCCCUGUCCAGGCAGGUGAUGCUGUGCCAGAACAGUCUUCUCUGCUGCCCAACAUAUGCAGGACGUCCUGCAUCCCCAAAACGUGGCAGGAGGCCACUCUCUGCAUCACUGGGUGGCUUUGCCCCUUCCUUGCCAGCUGUGGGCAGAUCCUGUCCGCUCUCUCCAGCAGCGAGAGUGCUGGGAAGCCAGUGGCAGGAGCUGGCCCAGGAGUUUGCCCCAAGUGUUGGACAGACUGCAGCCAGAUUCUGGGCAGUGUUGAGGGCAAUAGCUCCAUUUAUACAGCGCAAAUGUCUGCCUAAAGUAAUCUUAAGUUAGCUUUUAUCUUUUUCAAGUCAUAAAUACGAGUUGGUUUCUCCCUUUACAAAGGUUUAGAUGAUAUACUGGGAUAGCGCAUAAAAAUAUUUUGUUGCCUAAAAUAUGCAAUUAAAUUCUCUCGACAGAAGAGCUGCAAUGUUUCAGCAAUGUUGCACUUACAGUCCACCACUGUUGCCAGGUAUGUGACUGUAUAGACAGCUACACCCAGCCAGCCUCCAAAGUUUCUUCCACAUGAAUUUGUUUGCAAAAGGGCUAUUUAGAUGCAUAAAUUUGUCACAGUUUCCUUUUAAUAAUGAAGAAACCAUAUCAUCAAGCAGUUGGGAAUUACCACUUUGAAGUUCUGCUGAUGACGUGUGCGCAUCAGGCGUGGGCAGGGUCUCAGGUAUUAGCCACUGUCCAAGUCAGACUGCAUCUUUGCAGUUAAUCCUUUGUGGUAGCGUGCGAAUGCAUUGCAUCUAAUCCCAGUGCUGCUUUUUGUUUGUUUCAUAACUACUGUGUUGCAGUGUGGUUUUUUGGAGGUUUUGCAGUUGCUUUAGGUUUUUAUUUUUGAUAAAUAAAAACAAACUAUGCAUAUGUGGUGCGAGACUAGUGCAAACCUGGCUUUGUCCUGAGGAGCCUGAGGGGCAUUUAUGUCAUGUCUAGACUGAAAGGAAAUAGCAUAAUGUAAGAAAUGGAUUCUUGCAGAAGGAAAUAACAAAUAAGUCCUUUUGAAAUAUGUCAGCUGUUGUUCAGCUUUGAGGGAUCAUUCAGUUUUCAACAUCCUAUUUUAUUAUGCCCCCAUGCUGCUGCUUAAUUAGCUCUGAAAAGUGCUCAGUAAUCUUUGUCUUAGACUCCCUCCAGUGGAGAAACAGUAAGCAACUUUAUGUGCUGAUUGGGUGAAGAAUCACUGUGUGCUAUAGAUGUUGCGUCAUUUCUCCAUGGCAAGGUCUGCACAGUCCAUACAAUAAACAGGGGAUCUGGAACUUCACUCAUUGCUACUGAAGUAUCUAGUGUCUUUCUGUGACUGCGGAAAUUUCUGUACAUACAAGUUUGCACAGGACUCUGUUCCAUGGCUGAAUAACUCAUCCAAUAGGUAGGCUCUGAAUUCAUGCAGAGGACUAGCUUGGUAUGAUGCACUGUGGAGGUGGACCUCAAUCGCACUUUCUCCACUGUCACUGGCAGUAGAGAAUACAAAAAUUGAAGACCUCUUCUCAAUGUAGCAUUAACAGCAAUGAUAAGUUUGUGGGAGAGGGUGUGAAAUCCGAUAUUAGAAGUGAAACUCUCGUGUAUUGUGUGCACCAUCACCUUUUACAAGACAGAAAUGGCUCAAUGAGCAGUUUGUCAGAAGAUACGAGCUGUGAGCUACUAUGUGUUAAAGAAUUGAUUGUAUAAGUAAAUACAAAUUGUUUGCAACAGAGACUGGACAGCAGUCACAGCUGCUUGAAUUGAUGGAAUAGGUGUGACAAAUACAGAGGUCAGCUUUGUAGUGUUGCUCUAUCCCUUGCAUUUGUCACUGAAAAAUAUAUCACUUGAGUACCUGGGAAAGAAAUUACUUUCCCUCAUUGUUACUGUAUCAGGUUGAUGCAAAAACAGUUGCUGUUUACAUCCUUGUGGACUGUGAUGCUUAUUUUGGAUUAAACUUUCAUUUAACUCUGUUCAUGUUGCACGCCUGUAAAGCAUGAAAUCCAUUCUACUUACUUCUGGUAAUGGUUUUGUUUUCACUGUCUAUUCUUUUUUUGAUAUUAUGCUGUCAAAUUAAAGAUAGGGAAAAAAAGCAAAUUCCAAGGGAUUUUGUUGUGUGAAUUCAAAAGGGGAUGUAAACCAGCAGAAUCUGCUAGCAAUAUGGACAAAGCAUUUGGCCAGGGGACCAUCAAUGAAUGUAGAGAUUGACAUUGGUCCCCAAAAUUUUGUAACAGAAACGAGAACCUUGAUGAUCAGAAGGGUGGCAGACAUCCUUCUGCAAUAGAUGACAACCAGUUGAGGGCCAGUAUUGAAGUGGACCUACACAACACAGCUUGAAAGGUUGCUGAAGAACUAAACAUUGACCAUUUAAAAGUUAUUUGACAUUUCACCAAAUUGGAAAAUCACGGUUUUGAC